ACGCCGCCUGAGGGCGGGGGGUACGAAAGGGAACCUGCUGGUGGCGGCUCUGGAGGUUCCUCACUCAGGUGUCUUGCUACAUGUAUUUGCAGUAUGAAUGAGAACCUAGCAGUACACCAUGUUAAAUUCCUCCUUCCUGAAUAAAAAGCGUUUAUGGAAGAUCCAGUACUUCAGUAUGAACCUCUGAAAAAUUUGCAACCACACAGUCUGCCAUAUCCAGAAACCUGCCCCUCUGCAGCUGGAGUGAAAAUUCUGAGUGUCUCAAAUUUGUACCUUUAAACAAGACAUUUCUCAUUCCUGGGCAUGGCAAUGUCAUAUAUCCUUCUCCUAACUAGACUCAUAGCUGAAGUUACAAGCAAAUCCACUGAAAGUUUGGUUUCACAGCCAGAAUGCUGUAUGGAUGUAUUGGAUGCUAACAGCACCUGUCCAGUCACUAACCAGUGCAGUCCAGGUUGUUACAGAGAGUGGAAUGAGGAUGGGAGUAGCAGUUGCAUUAAAUGCAAGAAUGAAACCACUUCUGUUGCAUCAAUUUACAAUCUGACCGAUUGUAGAAAUACUGAUACCAGAGGAAUGAAUUUUCAAAUGAAUAUAAGUUCCGUAACCCCCUUUCUACAGAAUAUAGGGGGCUCAGAAGUGGCAGCCUCUCUCAUUUUAGGGACAUUCUUCAUCAGUUUAUUCCUGAUACUGUCUGUGGCUUCAUUCUUCUACCUCAAACGUGCCAAUAAACUUCCAAAUAUGUUCUACAGAAGAAAUAAAGCAUCAGUUCUGCAGCCCAGUGAAACAGCAUCAAUGAUACCUCCCCCUACUUCUUCAGUUCGAAAGCCACGCUACGUCAGACGAGAGCGAUCGUUAGUGAUGUCUGCAUCCGCUGCUAUGAUCCCUUCUGCAGAAACCAGGGUCAGCAAUGUUUAGCCUUCAAAACUUACCUGAGGACUUAGUAAAUAUGCACAGAGUUGGCGAAACUUUCCGUAGCCACUGGAAUGCCAGGAAAAUGUCAGGAGCAGCUGACCUAAAAACAAGCCGAGCCACUGUGUCAAAUGGGUUUGUGCCAAACGUGGACAGAGGAGUUGAACUAAUGCAAACAUGAUGACUAUAGGAUAUAUCCAGUUCUGUGAACUGCUUUGAUGGGCUUGAAAAGCCCUUUUCCAGCUCUGUGAUUUCAUUUGUCUCCUAACAGAAGCUAUGUUCAAAUCUGCAAAGAAUCUGCCUUUUUUGGAACACUUUCAGCUUUGGCAAGAUCCUUUUUCCUUCAUUGUGGUCAGCUGUCUGGCUGUGGAGCAGAAGCCCUCAGUGAAGCACGCCAACACAGAGUUUUGGAGGUGGGCUUGUUUAAAGGACACGUUUGUAAAUGUUAACUCUAAGUGCCAUGGCUUUAAUGCUGCAGGAAAAUACAAAUGUAUUUUACAUGAAGUAUCUCAAUGCAAAAAUUGAUGCCUUCAGAAGCAUCUUCUUCAGCUUCUUAGUCAUAGAGGACCAUGGUUUUUAACUGUAGGUUUAGACCCACCUGUCUCCAGAUAUUGUCAUCCUAAAUGCUGCUGAAGUCUGUGGUCAGUAUAGGUCUGAUCCAAAGCCCAUGAAGUUGAUGGAAGUUUCUCCAGUGAAUUUCAUGGACUUUUAGAUCAGGCCCUACAUGAGGAUCCAUUUGCUGUGGCUUUGUAGUUAAGCUGCUAUUUCUGCCCCACUGAGACACCCAGCCUUCCCUCAUUCCAGCGUUUCAUGAGGGUGGCUGUUGCGGUCUAAAGGAAGGCACACUCUCUAAGCUAGGUUGAGCCACCGUGAGCACUUACACACAUUGAUUUCAACUGGAGUUGUCAUGGGAAUUCUCACCAACACAAGUAAGGAUUUCCCCAAUCUAAUCCUCCAUGCACAUAAGGUCUACAGACCAGCACCUUAGCCUUUGAGUUCCCCCACACACCACCUGCCUUUGUUUAAACCUUACUACCACAAUGGGUUCUUUAGAGGAAAUGACUCAUGGUGGAUUUUUGUCACCAGCCAGUGGUAGCCAUCAUGAUUUCAAGAACACAACAAUUGAUUCUUAUCUUUAAAAAUGCUAAAGUAGCUGUCUCUGGCCAAUGUGACACCACUGUGGAGAGUGUAAACCUCAUGAUUCAGAUACCCUUUCUGCCUCUGGCCAGAGGCUCGUUCGAAGCUAUAGAGUAAGGUUUGGGAUGGGGGCAGGGAGGAGCUACUAGUCUUUUUUAUUGGGUAUCUAUUUUAUGCACAUUUUAAUGCAGUGUAAACUGUUUGCAUUUCUUUCCUGAGAAUGGAGAAUGUUGCAGCUUUCCUCCAGUGAGGUCAAAGACAGUGGGGCUAAAGAGGAAACUAUGAAGGAGCAGGGCCUGCUAGCCACACACAUUGAAUCACUAUAUGUAAAACUUUGACACCCCUGUUUGAUUAAAUCCAACCUAGUUUUAAUUGCUGUUUUUUCUGUCUGCUAAAACUUAACAGCCACAGUAAGUCAGGCCGUUUGAGAGGGGAAGCUUCCAUUUUUGAGUACUGAAUGUGUAUAGUUUGUCUAUUCCCAAACCAGGAGGUAGCAGUUUUGCCAGAGUUACUUUUUAGGUCUGUUCUCUAUGUAUCAAUAGGAUUUACCUCUGAUACAAAUGACAUUUUGAGGUGGUAGGAAGACAGGGGCUAUGAACUGACCAAGUGUCAGAAACAACUUAACUUUAUAGGAGAAAGAAGUAACUAUGCAAUGAUACAAUGCAAAGAUAUUACAUCUUUAAUGGGAGGGAGUUUCUGCUUAUGAAUCUGUCAAUGAAACUGCAUCCGUGCAUGGCAUAGUUGCUCAUCAAUUCUUUCCAUACAUAAAUCAUUGAUGGGUCAUUCUCUCCAUUGCUGUGUGGGGACUGUCACUGGCCCAUGUCACUGCUGUAUGUCUGUAUCUGUCCCUCAAGUACAUCACUGUAACAGUUUAGUGCCAAGUAUCGGAUGCUUCGUCCCCUCCCCCCACCCCCAAGACAGAGUUCAGGUUUCUCAGUGCUAAUGUCGCUUUCUGUCAAACUUUUCAAACACAGCAAACUUUAUUCCCAUGGGCUUUGUAGUUUGCUCAGAUCACAUUAAUGCUGUCUGACCCAACUGGAUCCCUGGACAGAACCUACUUAGGGUUUUUUUUGCACUGUCACGUUAAAUGCAUACUGUGGAGUUGUUGUUUUCUCCCCCAUACAGCUAGCUUUAUUGAACACUUGAUGAGUGAGUCUUGAGCUAUAAAUGGUUAAUUCAAGGACAAGAUUGAUAUUUAAUGUACCGGGGAAUUUUUAAAUUGUGCCAAAAUAAACACCUUUCAGCUUUUUUUAACUAUU